AUGAUCACAUCAAAUGAAGAUGUGAACUAUGACGCCAACUUUGGAUACUUUGGAUUUGAGACUACGUUUUCACCUGCUUUAUAUGAGCGGAUAAUUUGCAGUGAACAAUCCAAAGAACUGCAAGAGGUGCAAGUAGGUUUAGAACAAAUGAUAUUAGAACCCGGUGAAUUUGUUACUUGGUCGAAUGCUAUUAGAGAACGUACCACGUCAUUCGGAAUUGAUACUUUGAAAAUUGUCGUCGAAAUGAUGAUUCAACUUGCAGCUUUCACAUCCACCUCACCAACGGUGCAGUAUAAUUUAGCCAAGCUGUGUUCAUUUCUCUGUUGUGAUUUCCCUUCUUUUCCGAAUGACAUGAUUGAUUGUUUCUUAUUUUUCCAUCAGGAAAAACGAUCAAAUUUAAAUGAUCAGCAACGCCUGAAUCUUCUGCUGUUUUUUGCAGAAGUAUAUGAAAAACUGGAGGCAGUAUGUUUUAAUGUGGUUAAUUUUCAAUUGUUUACAUCGUUGACGUUACAAGGAAUGGAAACCGCUGUAUUGGAACAGAUGCAGGAAAUUAUAUUAGCUGAUCGUUUGGAUGAUUCGAAAGUGAAAGUUGUUGUGGAAGUGCUCAAGCUUACCGGCCGUUACUUGGAUGCAAAUGAAGGCGUUUCAAGAAUUAAUGAGCUUCUUACUCAGUUGAAUGCGAUUGCUAAAGCCCAUCCAGCUAUAAGCGAUUGUGUUAAAGAACAAAUACGGAGUUUAAAUACAUGGAGAGACAACAAAUGGGAUGCGAGAAACAUUGCGUUUAAUAAGGAAGAGAAGCAUCAGAAAGAACAGACUUCUGAAGAGAAUGACAAGAGUAGCUCACCGUCGUGCUCUAGUGUUAUUAUUGGUCCUGAUGGUCAGCCUCUGACAGAAGAGGAACGCGCUUUUUUAGAAGAAAAUAUUUGUAAAAUAGAAAAUGAUGAUGAUGACAUAAGCGAUGAAUAUGAUGAAUUUUUGUCGACAGUCGCUGAUGAAGAAGCGAAAAAAUGUCUAGCAGAAAUGGAAGUAGAUGGAAUAGAAAAACUGAUGGCAGUAACUAAUUUGAAUGAUUUGCGACAACAUGACACUACUAAUAUAAAAAAAGACAGAGAGAUAUGA